AUGCAGUGCGCAACGCAAACUAUAAACUAUACAACUAUACAUGAUGAUGAUAAAAUUUUGAAGAUCUAUCUUCAGUUGGCAGCGGUGCCCGAAAGUUGGAAUAUCACUGAUUGUCUAUCGCUAUCAUCAUUUUCCGUCCUUAUGAUGUCCGAGAUUCCAAAUGACAAAUAUGAGGCUAGUUACGACUGCGAGCUGCAUAGGCAGGCCUUGAAGGAUGCGGCUCACUUGUCGAAGAAAAUGCCGAAAGAUCAAGGGGUUUGGGAAAACAACGAAUUUGCUAAAAAUUUGUUGCCAGACGGGAAAUACAGCAAAAGAUAUGUUUACGUUGUGCAGGCGCAGCCGAUCGCUAACGCAGCUAAAGCUGCAGGCAAAAAGCUUGCGAAGGAUGUUGAGGCUACAUUGACAGUUUCAACACUGAAAAUGGCCUUGUGGGUCAGUACUUGA